AUGUCAUUCCUGGGCUUCGGCGGACAACCACAGUUAAACUCUCAACAGAAGAUCAGCGCAGCUGAAGCAGAGCUAGACCUCGUCACAGACAUGUUUAACAAGCUAGUUGACAACUGUCACAAAAAGUGCGUCCAAACCUCAUACAGCGAAGGUGACCUGAACAAGAAUGAGUCAUCCUGCAUUGACCGUUGCGUCGCAAAGUACUUCGAGACCAAUGUCAAGGUUGGAGAAAACAUGCAAAAAAUGGGCAACGCUUUCGCUGGUGGUCCAGGCAGAGUCUAA